AUGAAUUUGAAUCAUUUUCAUUGUUUGAAAAUUAAUGCCCAUCUGGUGGUUUUCAUAAUUCUUUUCUUAUAUUUCUGUUUCGGAUGCGCUGGAAGUCUCGAUAUUUCCCGAGAGGUUCACCGUCAGAUGCGAUGGAGACGUAAAACUGGCGAUAAGAAUGCACUGUCCAAUGAAGAAAGGAAGCUGUUCUUGAAACUGCACAACGAUUUUCGGAGCAAGGUCCAGCCGACCGCCUCCUACAUGAGAAGAAUGUAUUAUUCGUCUGAGUUGGAAAGAAAUGCACAGUGGCUUGCCAACCAAUGCGUUUUCGCUCACAUGUUCCCACCUUCAAUAGAAUCGGGCAAAUACCCACAGCAAGGACAAAACAUAAUAUUUGAGCCGGCCCAAAACAACGCCUCCAUCGCAUGGGUCGUCACCACCCUACACAAUGAGGUUCACAAUUACGACAUCACUCAAAACAAUUGCAAGCCUAAUGAAAUAUGUGGCCACUACACCCAGGCAUCACGCCAUUGCAACCUUGAUAUUUUCUAUAUUUUAAAAAUGACUCGGCCCGAAAGAUAUGAAAUUAAGAAAACACCGACCUCAGGAAAUUUUAAUUCCCAACGUCCAUACACUGUCGGCCCAUCGUGCAGUAAAUGUCCCCUAAUGGCUUCAGACUGCAAGGAUAAUCUUUGCGGAUACGAGAAACCGAGCUGCGACCAAAUUGAGAAGGAUUGUGAAGUGAAAGAUAAUGACGACUGCCUCUGCGAUGAAAACCACAAGGCUUAUGAUGCUGCUACUUACCUGCCAAACUUCGGCGGACACUAUGUCUCAUUCAUCUUGAUAACUGCCAUUAAUUAUUGA